AUGUCGAGUCUAGGCAACCGUUCUUCAUACUCUGGUGACGACCAGAAAGAUAGCCAUCCGUUCCAACAGACUGACUACCCGAUCUCAACCUCGGCUCCGCAGUCGUCUGCCAUAAUGACUUACACUGUGCCCCCUCAAGUCAGCCCCUUCCAUAUGCAAUCCUUCAACACCGCGCAAAAUGCGAACAUUCCCCGUCCGCAAGAAUUUGACCUGGCUUCUAGACAAGGCAAACACAUCUACUCUCAGUUUCACACCGAUCAAGGAAUCGUUACCAACGAUGCUCUGCGAGACAAGGCAUAUGAGAAGAUGGGUCUGGAUGAGAUUCCCCAGUCUGCGACUUUGCACAACACCAACGCUCAGACUUACUUUCCGGAUGGUCUGACUGCCGAGUUCUACCGUGCUGCCUGCCGCCAGGCCAAGGCUCCUACCGACCAUACUAUCCCUAUCACCCCACAAGCCCUGAAAUCCCACAUUCGAGUCCUCGUCAGAGCUUUCAACAACUCACAGAACUGUGACGAUAACAAGGGAAUGGUCAAACCUUUCUUGGAGCGUCGGCACGACCAAAAACUCGUCGAAUGCCUCUGCUGGGAGAUUCUGCAGGCCUGUAUCUCGCGAAGCGUGUUCGUGGAUCCGCUUUUGACCUCGUGGGAUCUUAGCAAGGCCCGCGACAGUGUCAGCUUGGACAAUUUUGCCAUGCGUUUCGACGCCAUCGCAGUUGCCAUGUUCUCAUCCAAGACUAUCUGCAAGCAUUUGUUCGACGCUCCCUACCGGUACAGCUUUGUAGACGACCCGGUCAAGGCCAAGAGCCGCGUUGAGUCCAAUCGUGCUCUGAACAAGCUCAAGGCAGCACAGAUGACUGCAGGGAAGCAGAUCGUCGCGGAGCAGCAAGCGAAAGAUGGCAGUGCGCCGCCGCCUUCGAAGCGCAAGAAGUCGAACAAUGGUGUUGUCAUGGUGGCCCCUGCCACUCCACGCCCCGAGGAUGACUUCGAUGACGUCUCUCCCCACUCUCCUCACCCUUUCCAAGCGCCUUCGACGCCAUAUCCAAUGCUCCAACCUCCUCAAACUCCCCAGCGCCAUGUUACCCGCUCCUCUCGGCGUCAGCAGGGUAGAAGCCCUGUAGCUGACUACUUCCAUGGACCUUUUUCGCCCGGCAGUCCUCUUGAGUCACCUGGUGCGCUGGUGGACGUCGAGUCAGACCAGGGAUAUGCCGAGAGACGGCUACUCAAGCGGGAGAGUGAGUCUCGAUAUGUUCAUGAGUCUCCUGGAGCUCUGCAAGCGCCUUUCGGUACGAUUGGUGGAGCUGGGCCUAUGUUCCAGCCUUCCCCAUUCCAGUCCACGGGCGACUUCACUCAUGGUAUCGGUGGUGGUAUGGGACCUGCACCUCCUGGCUCGCCUGUUCCCAUGCAGCCUCAACAUCCUAUUCAGAGCGCGAGCUCUCACAUGUGGGGCCAACAGUACUCUCCUGCCAGUGGUUACCAGACCAACUACAGCCUCUUCGGCAUUCGUCAGCCCAACAAUUCCGAGCAGAACUUGGACAACUACGAAUCCCACCACUCCGUUGGCGACUACGACCAAGAUAGCUCGUCGAUGUAG